AUGAAAUCACAUACUGUUGGUGAAACGCUGAUAUUACCUGCAGCUAAAGAUAUGGUGCAAACGGUUUUAGGAGAAAAAGCAGCUAAAGAAUUGGAUAAAAUUCCACUAUCAAACAAUUCUGUUAAGAGAAUAAUUGAUACUAUGGCUUCAAAUAUUGAAGAAAUACUGUUUACUCAACCAAAAAUGUGUUCGAAUUUUUCUCUCCAAGUAGAUGAGAGUACAGAUAUAACAAAUAUGGCACAGCUACUUGUUUUCAUUCGGUAUGAUUUUCACAAUGUAUUAAAUGAGGAGUAA